AUGCUUCGCAGCAUUCGACCCACCCAUCUCGCGAGCGUCCGAGUACGACCUCGAUUGCAGCUCCAUACCACUUCUCGAAUCACUAGUCCGAAGAGUUCGCCCAGUAACAAUGCCCCAGUGGACACGACAGCGCAUUCAACUUCCAGCACCGCUGCGGCUGAAACGAUGCGGGAUGCCUUCACCAGCCUUCGUGCACACUGGGACAGCGCACGCGGUCACGCUCGAGGACACCCUCGGCUCGCGAAAGGAGCGACAGGCGGCGCGCUGGCCCUGGCUGGUCUCGCGUACUUCCUCUCAGGUGAUGACGGGAAGAACGAUCCUAUGCUCGGCCGCCCCAAUCCUGCCGACGUUGAUGCGUUAUCGCGUGUACCUCUCUCCAAACUCGUUGUGUAUGCCUUCUGUUCUUCGCCUCUACUAAUUGAAUGGUCCGAGCCUCUCUUCAAGACACUCCGUCAGGUCCCCAUCAUUGGAUACUUUGUGGACGACUUUGCGCGACGGACAUUCUUCCGCCAGUUCUUCGGGGAGGAGACGCCGCGUCUCGCCGCGCUCAAUGUCUGGGCACCCCUGAGGGCGGAGCAUGUCGGCGUGCUUACCGCGUACAACGUCGAGGCGGAGAACUACGACAGCAUCCUCUCUCAUGCGACAAUCCGCGAAUGUGUUGAAGGAACUCUCGACGCGAUCCGCAAAGUCGGCACGUUUGGCCUGGCGAACUCUCCUCCUUCUGCUGCGGAAGCAGGUGACACGCGCUGCUGGGUCCGGACCAAGGUCAGUGGGCUGCUACCCGACCCACAGAUCAUGAUCCGUGCCAGUGAGUAUAUCGUGCACAACAGGCAGGGCGCCGUGCCGUACCCAGGUGUGCCAGAGGAUGGUGACUUUGACCGCCUCAUGCACGGCGACGGCCUCAGUGUCGAGGACAGACGGGCACUCAAGGGUCUGUUUGAGGAGCUGCGCCAGUUCAUGCGCCAAGGGCAGAAGUACGGCGUGCGUGUCAUCCUCGAUGCAGAGCAGAGCUGGUACCAGCCCGCGGUGGACGUGAUGACGGAGGAGCUGAUGCGGGAGUUCAACUCUGGCAACGGACCAGCGAUCGUGUGCGCCAGCACUCAAGGAUACCUCAGGCGCAAUACUGCGUUGCUGAAGAGCCAGUUCAAACGCGCUCAGAGGGACGGCUACAAGUACAUCUACAAGCAGGUGCGCGGAGCUUACCUGCCCUACGAGCGUGCGCGGUGGAAGGAGAAAGGCUUCGCUGGCCCGCCUCCGGUGUGGGACACGAAGGAGGAGACAGACGCGACGUAUGAUACGGCAAUGCGCAUGGGUCUCAAAGCUAUCAAGGAGCGCCAGGAGGACGGGAGCAAGCCCGAUGUCGCUGUCGUCUUCGCGACGCACAAUGAGGUCAGCGUUGACACUGCAAUUCAGUACUUAGAGGACUACGGAAUGGGUACCAGGCAACCAGACGGAAGCCUCCUCAUCGAUCCAUUCGUUGCCAACCGAGUCGCGUUCGCCCAAAUCUACGGCAUGAAGGACAAUCUUACGAACCGCACCGCCGCUAGCGUCAAGACCGAGGACGGUCUUCCCGUUGUGUGCAAAAGUGCGGUAUACGGUACACUCGAGCAUGCCCUGCCUAAUCUGAGUAGGAGAGCAGCGGAGAACAAGACGGUGAUGGAGGGACGGGGCGGAGCUAUUGCUGAGAGGCGCCGCAUAGGGCGCGAGCUGUGCAGGCGGUACGUGCCGUUCUAUACGAGCGAGAGAUAG